AACCGAGAGAGCGGCCGCUUGUUAUAACUCCUCUGCUCCUCCUUUGUUCUCCUCCCUCGACAUUCCCUUCUUUAAACCUCUCUGCGCCUUCACCCCUCCCUUUCUCUCUCUUCUUUCUCUCUCCUCCCCUCCCCUCUAUUUUUCUCUCUCUCUCGUAGCAAGAAAAAUUAGUGGGAGAAAGAGAGUAGAGGAGGAACCCAAAGGGAGAGAGUGGGAAAGACACCACAGCGGAGUAGGAGAAGAGGAAGAAGAAGAAGGAGGAGGAGGAGGAGGAGAAUAAUCUAAUCAGGGACAGAGAAAUCAUACUCCCGGAGUGAGCGCGGCGCCAUUAUUACCGCUUCCUCAUCCCGCGAAACCCACCUCUCCCACUUUCCAGCUUCGGCCAUGGCGAAGGAGCUCGCGGGAGACGCCGGGCUGUGGCUCCCGUCGGAGCUACUCGAGGACGACUUCUUCCUCGACGAGAAGAGGCGUCGGGUGUGCGGGUUCGGCUCUCACGAGUCGAGCUUCGCGAGCGGGCUCGGAUCGGCCUCGGACUCGCCCGCCGACUCGGCGGCGGAGACGGAGAGCGACGAGGAGGACUACCUCGCCGGGCUGACCCGCCGGAUGACCCACUCCUUCCUCCUCGACGACGACGACGAAGAGAACACGGGGCUCUCCACCCUCGCCGCUCAAAACCCUAAGGUGAUAUCGGGGUCGCCACAGUCCACGCUCUGCGGCGUGGGGCUGAUGUCGGCGCCGGGGAACGAGAGCCCUAACGGGACCUCUCAGAUCUCGCCGCCGACUUCUCCGCUGGAGAAGAGCAACGACGAGCCCUGGGAUUUGCUAUAUAAAACUACUAUGGAAAACCACGAAACCCUACAGAAGCAGCGUACCUUCUACGGCUUCGGUGCGCUGGAGUCGGCGACGAAACCUUCUCCGGCGCCGACUUCGGCUCCUCCGAAGAGCUUUUUCCCAGAUCCGGUGCUCGCUCGCCGCCAAUUACAAGCAGCUCAGUUUUAUCAGCUAAGGCAACAGCAGAUUUUGAAGCAGCAGCAGCAGCAGUAUGCGGCUUCUGCGGCGGCGUGGGGGAGGUCGCAUAAUAGCAGGGUGCGGUCCUGCGGCGGAGGGUACGGGGAGGAGCGUUCUAGUCCUCCGCUAGGGUUAUCCCCCUCGGCGUGGCCGCCGCUCCAGAAGCCUCCGCCGCCGCCUCCCGCGGCGCCGCCGCCGCCUCCGCCGCCGCAGGGGUCGGGGAUGCGCGCCAUAUUCCUCGCCGGCGCCGGCGCGAAACGCGAGAGCGCGGGAACCGGCGUCUUCCUGCCCCGGCGCCCAGGAGCUCCCGCCGAUCCCCGGAAAAAGCCUUCUUGUUCCACCGUGCUUCUCCCGAUUAGAGUGAUCCAAGCGUUGAACUUAAACCCGGAUGAGUUGGGAACGCAACCGCGUUACCCCGGUGGCUUCGUUCUCGACCAUGAUGUUCUAAUUGGUCGAAGCAACUCCAUGCUCCCGCAUCAGAAGCGCAGCAACAACUAUCUCCGGCCCCAACCCCCCUCCACUGUUACAACCCAUGAGCUUCAUCUUCCUCAGGAGUGGACUUAUUAACCUUUUCCCUGCAUCCCCUUUCUCUCUCUCUCUCUCUACUAACCCUUUUAAUUGUUAGUUUAGGUAGAAGUAGCAUUACUAAUAGAAGCAUUAGUAGUAGGUAUAUCCUUUUUUUUUUUGGUCGGAUUGGAGCAGAGGGAGUAUUUGGUGUUGGUUUUUUUCUCUUUUCUGGGGAAAAGACGGAAAUGUUCGAAGGCCAAAAUGCAAAAAAAAAAAAGGGGGGGGUGGUCAAACAGCUUGGGAAAACGGAAAAGUUGGAAAGGUUUUGGGCGGAGAGAAUAAGUAACGUUUUGGAGAAAGAAUUAGGCCUUGGUUUGUGUUUUUUAUUUUUGUGCAAUAAGAUCCGCCCGCGGUAACUCACCAAGGCGCCACCGAACUCUCUCUCUCUCUCUCUCUCUCUCUAUUUCUCUCGCUCUCUCUCUCUUAAGCGAGCCCUUUUCUUGCAAAAGUGAUUUUUAUUAAUAAGAAGCAUUAUGAUAUCCGUGUUGGUUUAUCUCUAACACCUGCUGUUUUCUACUGUGGGGGUGAAAAAGAAGGUGUUGGUUUGUCGUAUUAUGUAUGGAGCAAACUGUAUUGUAAUAUGGAAGUUCAAUAGCAAGUGAUAUUAUUAUUAUUUUGUAUUUAAUUAUUAUUGGUUAUAUAUUAUUUGGUUCCGCUUAAA